AUGUACCACCAGCAGAGCCAAGUGCAUCAGGCAGAGGACCUUUCUGCGACCACCCCCGUCAUGCUCCCAUUCGACAUGGCGUUCAACAACGACGGCUAUGACCCGCAACAGCAAGACGGCUACUCCCACGCGUUCGUGACCAGCGCACGCAGGUGCACCAGCCCCGCCCCACAGCUUGCGGACGCCGGCAUCACCGUGGUGCACACACAACAGCAACAGCAACAGCAACCACAGCCGUGCGGCCAGCAAGUGACGGACCCACGCGACCGCAGGAGCAGUGCCACGACAGACAACUCCCUCACGUCUGCUUCGUCCUUCACGGCCUCCAACUCUGCCAGCGACGUCGCUCCAACGUCUCCACCGGCCGCCAUUCACACGGCAUUCGCCAGCCACCUCGGGCAGGGGACCGUCCAAGACAUGGGUAUCCCCGCUGCAUUCGACGCUGUGCAUGGAUCAAGCACAAGAGGAGCAACCCUGGCCGAGGACGUGCACACGCACUCAAACACAGCCAUGUUCAGCCAGCCACCGCCACAGCCACAAGGCGCACCGGCCUCCUCGUCCUUCUCUUCCCUGCCGCAACUUGAGCCUUUCCCAGACAUGGCCCAAGGCAGCGACAGCGGCCACGACAGCAGCACCAGCAACCUCUACGGCAGCUACAACAACGACAACAACAACAACAGCAACAGCAGCAGCAGCAGCAGCAGCAGCGCCAACGGUUUGGGUGCUUACCACGGUCUGCCCGAUGCAAACAUGAUUGCAGGCUCGUUGGCUGCGCUGGAGGAAAACAUGCACCACUUCCAGGGCCCAGCACUCACGCCGUUGCUGGCUUCCAACUUGGACCUGUUCAACUUUGACGGCUCGGAUACGCUGGCCCACACCAACACCAGCACCACCAACACCAACACCAGCGCUGGCACAAGUCUCUCGAUGAUGGAGGUGUCCACGUGGGCGGCCAACAUGCAGCUUGUGCCCGAGGACAGGGCAGCGGACAUCAUGCAUGCCCACGCCGUGGGCGAAGCUUCUGCUUCCUCUGGCCGCUCCUCUGUUUGCUCCAGUGAUGCGGCCUCGGCGGUGUCCGACAAGAACUGGGUCGGUCGUCGCACCACGAAGCGCGGCGGCACACGCAAGUCUGCGCCCAAGCGCAAGCGCAAGCGCAACCGCAAGCGCAUUGCCGAGCUGCCUCCCACUCAGCAGGAACACCAGCGUUACGUUUCACGCAUGGCCGCUCGCCGCCGCCGCCAGAAGCAGGUGGAGGAACUCAAGUACUACACCAAGCGCUCCGAGGAGCUGCUUGCAGACCAGCACAAGCUGCAGGAGCGGCUGGUCAACGUCCGUCGCCAGCGUGACCUCGAGGCCAUGCGCCUCCUCGAGCUGGUCGUGGCGGGCCAGUUCUACAUUCCCGGCCUGUCUCUGUGA